AUGUUGAAAAUAUGUCCUGCAGAGCAAAAGUUAGUCGAAUUCUCCGUUCAAACGGGACCAAAUCGUUGCAUUUGUUCCAUGGAGGAAAUCAUUUUAUCGCAUGAUACCAAUAUUAGUCUCGCCGGUUUUCCAUACGGAGUUUGUGGUCGUACAACAUGCGAAUCCGAAGUCAGCAUUGCCGCCACUGAAGAGAAUUCAACUCACUAUGAACGAAUCUUAUUAGAAAGAAGGCACUGGAUGCUGCCAACUUCAUUUAAUAUUUCAUACCAUCGAAAUGCGCUAGAGAAUAUCAGGUUGAUGUACGUUUCGAGAGCCUGUCAAUGCGGGCAAAUAGAAUACACACUCGACGAUUCGCCGAUUUGGGUUUCAUCGCCAUAUUAUCCAGCAAAUUAUUGCAACAAUAUGGAUUGCUCCUAUUUAAUAACGGCUGCUGACGGGGCGAAAAUUCGGAUUGUUGUCAUCGCCCUUUCUGUGUCCUACAAUGAUCAAGUGACAUAUGAGGAACAUGGAAUAACGAAUAAGUAUAGUGGACGAGUGGUUGCCAUAUUUACUUCACAAUGCACUCGUCUCACUAAUCUU